UCCAGGAAGUAGGCUGCUUGGAAAUUGAGGAGACAGGAUCAUUAACACUGUACCUAAUUUAAAAUAAACAAAUAAAUAAAAGAUUGUGUAGCUAUCUAAUUUAGUGCUGCAACACGAUACAGGAUGUCUAGGCAAUCAAACAGAACCACGGAGAGCAAGAAAAUGAACUCCGAGCUCUUCACACUCACAUACGGAGCCCUGGUCACCCAGCUCUGUAAGGACUACGAGAAUGAUGAGGAGGUGAAUAAGCAGCUGGACAAGAUGGGAUACAAUAUCGGAGUGCGGCUCAUCGAGGAUUUCCUGGCUCGCUCCAGCGUGGGGAGGUGUCACGACUUCCGAGAGACGGCCGAUGUCAUCGCGAAGGUGGCAUUCAAGAUGUACCUGGGCAUCACUCCAAGCGUGACCAACUGGAGCCCUGCAGGAGAUGAGUUCUCCCUCAUCCUGGAGAGUAACCCCCUGGUGGACUUUGUGGAGCUGCCAGACAACCACAGCAACCUGGUGUACUCCAACCUCCUGUGUGGAGUGCUGAGGGGAGCCCUGGAGAUGGUCCAGAUGGCGGUGGACGUCCGGUUCGCCCAGGACACGCUGAGAGGGGACAACGUGACGGAGAUCCGAAUGAAGUUCAUCAAGAGGAUCGAAGAGAACCUCCCGGCUGGAGACGAGUGAGGCGGGGCCCGUGAAGAAAGAAUCACGGCCCUAUGAGCUGCAGAGGGGAGAGACUGCAGAUGUGAUGAGUGUGUGUAUAUAAAGGGACUCAGUAAAACCUCAGAAUCAGAGUUUCAUCUACAGGGGCACCCCGUCUCAUGUUACGUCAUCGGACGCUUGGGGACAGGUUUCGCCGUCUCCCAACAGCACUGAAACACUCAUACUGAGAGCUGCCGUGAGGGGGAUGUUGCACUCUGAGUUCAGAAGCGUCCAAUAUUUUCUUCAGCUUUUUUUGUUUUUUUAUUGUUCAAAUUCAAUCACGACUAUUCACACUACUACUAGUGUAUUUCCAGUAUGUUAGUACAGUAGCUAGAAAGUGGUGCAUUCCAACCUAUUUUAUUAUUGUGCAGUUUUUUUCGAUGUCUUAAACAAGACAAUGUUAGUCUGACAGUGGCUCUCUCUACACAGUCCUUGUUUUUAUCAUUGAGUCAUUUUUUUCUUCCUGUUGCAGAGAAAACAAAAUGCCUUCAGCACGGCAAUUUAACUUAUAAAAUAUAAUAAUAAAGAGAUUUAAUAAACUCACUUGGAGA